UUGUUGGGCUCAGGUGUUUUGUGGGGCGUUGAGGCAUGUCACCUGGACCUUGGGGUUGCCUCGAGCCCCAGGUAGAAUCAGUUCUGAGUGCACGUGGGCCUUCUGGUUGGCGAGGUCUGGGCUCAUUAAGCAGAGCUUUCUGGGAAGAUGUGGUUGGGCACAGCUGCUUCGGGACGGGGGGCGGGGGCGUCUGGGUGCGAGUGGCCCUGGGGGGCCGUUCUCACAGCGUGGCCGGGACUGCAGCAUCUGCCCGUCAGGCUGAGGGGGUGCACUCGGAGCAGGAGGGCCUCACUGGACCCUGGAAGACUUCAGGGCAAAGAUCCCGACUGGGCCUCGUAUACCCUGGGGGUGUUCAUCUGCCUGAGCUGCUCCGGGAUUCACCGGAACAUCCCCCAGGUCAGCAAGGUCAAGUCCGUCCGCCUGGACACCUGGGAGGAUGCCCAAGUGGAGUUCAUGGCCUCCCGCGGGAACAACGUCGCCAGAGCCACGUUCGAGUCCAAAGUGCCCCCCUUCUACUACCGGCCCUCGGCCUCCGACUGCCAGCUCCUGCGGGAGCAGUGGAUCCGGGCCAAGUACGAGCGGCAGGAGUUCGCGCGCCCCGAGCGCCAGGAGCCCUACUCCGCAGGGUACCGAGAAGGCUUUCUCUGGAAGCGCGGCCGGGACAACGGGCAGUUCUUGAGCCGGAAGUUUGUGCUGACGGAACGUGAGGGGGCCCUCAAGUAUUUCAACAGGAGUGACGCCAAGGAGCCCAAGGCCAUCAUGAAGAUCGAGCACCUGAACGCCACCUUCCAGCCAGCCAAGAUCGGCCACCCGCACGGCCUGCAGGUCACCUUCCUGAAAGACAACAGCACUCGCAAUGUCUUCGUCUACCACGAGGACGGGAAGGAGAUGGUAGACUGGUUCAACGCCCUGCGUGCUGCCCGCUUCCACUACCUGCAGGUGGCCUUCCCAGGGGCCAGCGACGCGGACCUGGUGCCGAAGCUAUCCAGGAACUACCUGCAGGAAGGCUACAUGGAGAAGACCGGACCCAAGACGGAGGGCUUCCGCAGGCGCUGGUUCACCAUGGACGACCGCAGGCUCAUGUACUUCAAGGACCCCCUGGACGCCUUCGCCCGCGGGGAGGUCUUCAUCGGCAGCAGGGAGAGCGGCUACACGGUGCUGGACGGGCUCCCGCCGUCCACCCAGGGCCACCACUGGCCCCACGGCAUCACCAUCGUCACGCCGGAGCGCCGCUUCCUGCUGGCCUGCGAGACGGAGUCGGAGCAGCGGGCGUGGAUGGAGGCCUUCCGGAAGGUGGUGGACAGGCCCAUGCUGCCCCAGGAGUACGCAGUGGAAGCCCACUUCAAGCACAAACCCUAACACGCGACGGUCCUGGAGCCUGAGGACGCGACUCGGCAGACGUGGCCGGCGAGGAGGCGGCCGCUGGUGGAAGGAGGGCCCUGGCCGCCCUCGUGUGGCCAGGUGGGGC